AUGGAACUUCUUGCGCCCAUCAUUGAAAAGUGCACCAAUAUCGCAGUCUCUGGCACACUGGAGCAGCGCGUAAGUGUGGGGGUAGCAGUGCUGACCCUGGCGUCCGGCUUGGCGCACUUUCUCCAGGGGAUCAUAGCCCCCAAGUCUUGCGCCCAGAUGUGCCUAGAGCCCUGGUUCAUGACAGCUGCGGGGCUUUGGAUGACGGGCUCCGGCCUCGUUUUCCUGCAUGAUGAGCAGCUGGGCUUCCCCUUCAUGGCUUCGGCCAUGGGUGGUGCGGCUGCCACCGCGCUUCUCAGCCCCAUGAAGCCAGGAGUAGUCUUUUCCUUAGGCAGCCUGGCGGCACAGGCCUACACCACCAAGCUGCCCCAGGACUCCUCAUACUUCGGGCUGACCGUGGGCAUGUUCACUUUUGGGAUCUUGGGCAGGGUGCUACUGAACCAUAGUGGCAGUUCGGCGGCCAAGGAGGACUGA